AUGAGUUCCCAAUCACACCCACCGCUAAUCGAUUUAUUUUACGAUUCCAGUUAUGACCCUGGUGAAAGUUUAAUUUAUUACACAUCCAUCUAUGGUAAUAAUACAUACAUAACUUUUGAUGAACUCCAGACGAUAGUGAACAAGAAGGUCACACAAGGUAUCUUAUUUGGUGUCAGAUGUGGUGCUGCUUUCCUGAUGUUGGUAGCAAUGUGGUUGAUUUCCAAAAAUAAAAGAUCUAGAAUUUUCAUUACCAACCAAUGUUGUCUGGUCUUCAUGAUAAUGCAUUCUGGUCUUUAUUUUAGGUACCUGCUUUCAAGGUACGGUUCAGUUACUUUCAUUCUAACAGGGUUCCAACAACUGCUUACAAGAAAUGACAUUCAUAUUUAUGGAGCUACUGAUUUUAUCCAAGUAGCUUUGGUAGCUUGCAUAGAAUUAUCUCUUAUUUUCCAAAUAAAAGUGAUAUUCGCUGGUACAAACUAUGGUAAGUUGGCUAAUUAUUUCAUCACUCUAGGUUCAUUAUUGGGUUUAGCCACCUUUGGUAUGUACAUGCUUACUGCUAUUAACGGUACAAUAAAAUUAUACAAUAACGAAUAUGACCCAAACCAAAGGAAAUACUUUAACAUUUCUACAAUAUUGCUUGCAUCAUCAAUUAAUAUGCUAACGCUGAUACUUAUAUUGAAGCUGGUGGCAGCAAUUAGAACAAGACGUUACUUAGGUUUGAAGCAAUUCGAUAGUUUUCACAUCCUAUUAAUCAUGUCGACUCAAACAUUAAUAAUUCCUUCUAUCUUAUUUAUUCUAUCAUACAGUUUGAGAGAGGAUAUGCAUACUGAUCAAUUAAUAAUCAUCGGAAAUCUGAUCGUGGUAUUGUCAUUACCAUUGUCCUCAAUGUGGGCUUCGUCUCUAAACAAUUCAAGUAAACCUACAUCUUUGAAUACUGAUUUCUCAGGGCCAAAAUCAAGUGAAGAAGGGACAGCAAUAAGUUUGCUAUCACAAAACAUGGAACCAUCAAUAGUCACUAAAUAUACAAGAAGAUCACCUGGGUUAUACCCAGUAAGCGUGGGUACACCAAUUGAAAAAGAAGCAUCAUACACUCUUUUUGAAGCUACUGACAUUGAUUUUGAAAGCAGUAGUAACGAUAUCACAAGGACUUCAUAG